UAUUGGUAAGAAAUGCAUGCAACGUUAAAAGAUGUAAAUAAAGUCAAAUGUCCUGUUUUUCCAUCAUCUACAAUGGAAAUUUUGACUUGUCAAUAUAAGCACAAGAACCAAGUCAACCAACCACCCACACACCAACUACAAAGGAUUUUAUUUUGGUGGAUGCUUUCAAUUCAAGGAAAUCUUUUGCUUCACCAUGGCCUUUGCAUUACUGCAAUCUUUAUGCUUAUUGCUUCUGUUGCUUACCAUUUCAGCCAAAGCUCAAAGUAAUACAAACAUAUCUUUGGCCACAUCCCUCACUGCAGGGAACGAUGACACUUAUUGGGGAUCACCGGCCGGUGACUUUGCUUUUGGUUUUCAACAAAUUGGAAAUGAUGGCUACUUACUAUCCAUCUGGUUCAACAACAUACCAGAAAAAACCAUUGUCUGGUCAGCCAACAGAGACACACUAGCACAAAAAGGAUCCAAAGUUGACCUUACCACAGAUGGGAGGCUGGUGCUCAGUGAUCCACAAGGCGGACAGAUGUGGAGUGUCGAUUCUGCAAUAAACGAGGCUGCCUAUGCGGCCAUGCUAGACACUGGAAACUUUGUACUGGCAAGACAGGAUUCUGUCAAUUUGUGGGAGAGCUUUGAUGAACCAACUGACACAAUAUUGCCAACACAGACUUUCAAUCAAGACAGCCAACUCAUUUCUCGUUACACGGAGACAAAUUAUUCGCAAGGAAGGUUCAAAUUUAUCCUCCAAAAUGAUGGGAAUCUCGUCAUGUACACCUUAAACUUCCCAUUAGAUACUCAUAACAGCGCAUAUUGGUCAACUCAAACUUCUAUAGGCAGUGGUUUUCAGGUGAUAUUCAAUCAGUCUGGUUAUAUAUACCUCAUAGCAAAAAAUGGAACCAUUCUUAAUAUGGUAUCAUCGAAUCCAGUAUCAGUGCAAGAGUACUACCAGAGGGCCGUUGUUGGUUAUGAUGGGGUUUUCAGGCAGUAUGUCUACCCAAAGAGAAAUGGAAUGCCGAGCGGCUGGAGGACUUGGUUCUUCAUGCCAUCAAAUAUCUGCUUGAGAAUCGGGGCAGAUACAGGGAGUGGAGCUUGUGGUUUCAAUAGCUACUGCAGCAUGGGUGACGAUCAGAAUCCAAGCUGCCGGUGCCCACCAGGAUACGCCUUCUUGGAUCCCAACGACGAGAGGAAGGGUUGUAUGCAGGAAUUCCUUUCACAAAAAUGCGAUGAAUCAUCACAAGAAACAAAUGCUUUCUACUUUGCAGAAUUGCCCAACACGGAUUGGCCACUGUCUGACUAUGAACAUUUUGAGCCAGUGAAUGAGGAUUGGUGUAGAGGGGCUUGCUUGACGGAUUGUUAUUGUGCUGCUGCCAUCUUUCGAAAUCAGAAUUGCUGGAAAAAGAGAAUCCCACUGUCCAAUGGAAGGCUUAAUCAAAGCAUCGGAGGCAAAGCCCUUAUAAAAGUGAGAAAAUAUGACACCACUUCAUCCAUUGCUUCCAAGAAUAAAGAUCAAACGACACUAGUACUAGUAGGAUCAGUUCUUCUUGGUGGAUCGGUCAUUGUGUUACUUGGAGCGGCCUUUCUAUUCAUUUUCCGUAAAAGAAACACAAAAAGGUUUGAGCCAUACAAAGUCAUGCAAGACACGAACUCAAGAAGUUUCUCGUACGAGGAGCUAGAAGACGCAACAAGUGGAUUCAAGGAAGUCCUGGGCAGGGGAACUUAUGGGACUGUUUAUAAAGGAGUUUUAGCACUUGAUAAUGGAAGACCUAUUGCAGUUAAGAAACUAGAGAAGAUGGUGGGAGAAGGUGAGCUGGAGUUUAAAGCAGAAGUUAAUACCAUUGGAGCAACUAACCACAAGAAUUUAGUCCAUCUGAUAGGAUAUUGCAACGAGGGACAACAUCGUCUUCUGGUAUAUGAAUUCAUGAGCAAUGGCUCUUUGGCAAACUUCCUGUUUGGUCCUACAAGGCCUAAUUGGUACAAAAGACUCAAUUUUGCUUUAGGUAUCGCAAGGGGCCUCCUUUACCUGCACGAAGAAUGUAGCUCUCAGAUCAUACACUGUGACAUCAAGCCACAGAACAUCCUUAUAGAUGACUCUCUUACAACAAAGAUAUCCGACUUUGGGCUAGCCAAACUUCUGAAGAAAGACCAGUCACAAACGAUGACUGCAAUCAGAGGAACCAAGGGUUAUGUCGCACCAGAAUGGUUCAGAAGUUUGCCUAUAACAGCAAAAGUAGAUGUUUACAGUUUCGGUGUGUUGUUGCUAGAGCUUGUCUGCUGCAGAAAGAGUUUUGAGCAGGAUUUGGAGAAUGAGGACCAGAUGAUACUUGCUGAUUGGGCUUGUGAUUGCUAUAAGGAAAGGAAGCUGCAUAUGUUAGUAGAGAAUGACGAGGAGGCAAUGGAUGACUUAGAAAGGGUAAAGAAGUUUCUGAUGAUUGCAAUAUGGUGUACUCAGGAGGAUCCGUCACAAAGACCUACCAUGAAGAAAGUCACACAGAUGCUAGAAGGGGCGGUCGACGUUUCUCUUCCUCCAGAACCAACAUCGUUUCUCCAUGCUACAAAGUCCUCCACAUUGCCAUCCUUUUUGAGCUCUUAGAACCUGUGAAAAGUUCAAUUCUAUGCACAAUUUGUGCGGAGACCAGCAAGCAAUGAUAUACAUAUAUAUAUGAAACAAUAAAUAAGUUUAACUGAUAAGUUCCAUUAUGUAAUUCCUGCUGUUGAUUAUGUAUACAGAGGUCAUCAUGUUAAAAGCUACAUUCCAGUUCACAAAUCAAGAGCCAGAAAAAUAUUUUCUCAAAUUACAUAUUCUAAACAAAAUGCCAAGAAUACAAAUGUUUUAUUUUUAUCAG